UGACUUUACCGAAAAAACUAAGAAUAAGACGGUGGUCGUUAAUAAAUAAUGUCAGGAAGCAGUCCUUAGAGCCGCACGUGGCUCCGGAGCAGCAGGUUGGGAGCCCCUGAGCUAGACUGAUGAACCCAUUUAAUAUUCUCUGGGUCCCAUCAUCUCCCUCCCACUCGGUGACCUCCCUACUGCUUUCCCCCUAUCCCCCUACCCCUUCUUUCUCCGUAGCGCCUCCCUCAUUCCUUAAUCCCCUACUGAUGUUUAGCUCCCUCCUAUCACACCGGGCCCAGGAUACCUCCACCCCUCCCUUUGCGUCUCCCCGCCCCUCAGUCAUAUGACAGCCCUGUGCUGCCAAGCCUGCCUGCGUUGGUGUGCACAGGCUAUAAUUAGCUCGUGCUUUUCUUUUCUGGUUCCACCCCCAGCUCCCUCCCUCUCGUGGGGAGGCUUUCCAAGCGCAUGCGCUGGCCCUGUGACCCUGCAUGCGAAUGACUCCGCAAUCGAGUGGCGUCACGGCACAGAAUGUGCUGUGUGCACACGCGCGCACACGCACGUAAGCCAGCUCACUCGUUUGCUCCCUCGUUCGCUCCCUCGUUCGCCUGCUCGCUCGUCGGCACUGCACAGUUCCCCUCCCUCGUGCCGUUCAUCAGGAGAUGUGUCUGUGCUCCACUAAAUGGGAAACGACUUUGAAAGCGGGAGAAAUGUGCCCGUGUGGCAGUGACGUGACCCGGCCUCCCCGACUGUCUCAUCGAUGGCCCACGUGCGAGUUUGAUGGGAGCCAGAUCCGGCUCGUGAUUUACCAGGACUGCGACCGCCGUGGCCGGCAGCAUCUGUUUGACUCCGACUCCGUGCGCAUCGUUGAUGAAGCCCCUCAGAAGAGCGAUGAGUCGCCGAGAGGCUUGGGCAGGUGCCGCUCAAACGGCGGGAGCUCGGGGAGCCUCAACUCCAAUUCCUCCUCCUCGCAGGCUCCGUCCAGCGGGGAGGCUCAACCCAAGUACCAGUACGUGCGCAUGGGCCCUGACGUGAAGAUGCUAGGAGAGAUGAUGUUCGGCUCCGUGGCCAUGAGCUACAAGGGAUCGACGCUCAAGAUCCACCACAUGCGGAGUCCUCCUCAGAUCAUGCUGAGUAAGGUGUUUACGGUGAACAUGGGAGGCACGGGCAGCCUCAGUGGCAGCAGCAGCAGCCUGCUGACUGACAGCUUCGAGUACACCCACGCGGGACUCACCUCCUCCCGCUCCUUCCCAGUGCUGAACUCCAGUGCCGUCAUACGGGAAAAAACCCGAGUAGGACUCCUCUCCUUGUGCUGCCGUAGGCAGGCUGGUUCAAUGCAAGGGCUGGACGCUAUGCCGUUCGGCUUAGUGCGGAGUGCCUCUUUCUUCGCAGCGUACAGCUCUCCUCUCGACAUGCCGAGCCGCGGCAAGAACGAGGACAGUGACAGUGGCAUCGCCCGCUCUGCGUCUCUCACCAGCCUGCUGCUGGCAGCUCUGCCGUCUCCCAGCUCCUCUCUGCCCACUGGCGGCAGCUCCAACAGCCUGAGCCGGCGAUUCCAGCGCAGCCAGAACACCAGCCUGGACCAUGGCGUCUUCCCGCGCCGGUCUGGCGAGGAAGGCUUCAGCUUGGCGGAAGGCUGCUGCAGCUCCAACCCGUCGUCCGUGCGGCGCAGGAAAAUCGCCAUCGGCAUCAUCUUCUGCCUGUCACCGUGCGCCGAGGACGAGGAGGCGCGCUUCCAGGAGUUCUUUUUCUCUCACUUCCCCCUCUUCGAGAGUCACAUGGACCGACUCAAGACGGCCAUAGAGCAGGCGAUGAUUACCUGCAGGAAGAUCCAGGACCCAAUGCAGAGAUCCCAGGUGUACGUGCAAAGAAUCAUGGAUGCUCUGAGCCGCUUCAGGAUGGCGGUGAGCGAUCUCUACACGCUGCCCCGCAUCCCGGAACCCGUGUGGCUCACCAUGACACUGCCCACAUCCGACAAGCCGCAGCUGUGUCGCCGAUUCAUGCGCGAACUGGCCGCCCUCUCUGAGCAAGCCAGCAAGAACCAGUUCUUGCCAGCGCUGCUGUCGGCUGUGCUGACGCACCACCUGGCGUGGGUGCCCACGGUGAUCCCCAGCGGGCACCCUCCGCUGCACACGUUCGCGCAGAAGCACUCGUCCACGAGCCUGGACAUGCUGGCGCGAUCGCACCCCUACAACCCGCUGUGGGCGCAGCUCGGCGAUCUAUACGGUGCGCUGGGUAGCCCCGUGAAGCUGACGCGCACGGUGGUGGUGGGCCACUGCGAGGAGUUGGUGCAGCGCCUGCUCUACGUGCUCACCUACUUCGUGCGCUGCUCCGAGAUCCAGGAGAGCCUCCUCGAGUGGGAGGGCGGCGGCACCGCCUGCAUCACCACCAGCCUGGAGCGGGGGGAGGUGGAGGACUCCGAGUACGUCGUCGUCACGCUGCAGCCCUCCUCCUCCUCGUCGCGGUCCUACGCUCCCGCCGGCGCCGCUUCCCUUUCCGCCGCUCCUGCUGCCGCGACCAAGAAACCUUCGUCUAAGACGUCUGGAGCCGAAGGGGCAGCGUCGCCAUCCGCUGGCACUGAGGAGAGAACUUUUCCAGACACCGGUUGCCCGAGAGGCGACGUGGACAGCUGCGGCUGUGAACUCGGCGCUGCGGUGGAUGCCGAGGAGGCCCCCAGCGUUCCCGCCACCGCUGCCGCCCCUGUACCACCCGAGCCGCCGCAGCAGCCGGCAUCUCCGGGCAGCCCGAGCGGCGCGGGCGCAGUGCAGCUGUGCCGCGACGUCGGGGACGUCCGCAUAGACACGCGGCGUGAGGUUCUGAUGUGCGUGACUCGCUCGGCCUCCGGGGAGCUGAUUCUUCCCGCCAAGGAGAUGGCGGAGGCGGAAUUUGAGCGAUUCGGCUUCGCCGUGCCGCAGGGCGAGAAGGGCGAGCAGCGUGCCGAGUCGGCGCUGCGGCGCACCUCCUGCUCCGACAAGCUGCACACGGACGCCAUCGCCUUCUCAGCCGGCGCCAGCCCGCAGGGCAGUCGCAAGGUCAAGUUCCUCAUCGGCUGUUCCUUCUCGCCGGACUCGGACACGGAGGCACGCGGCAAGCAGUUCUCCAAAACCUUCAGGACGUUUGAGGGCGACGGGCGUGCCCCGAGCCCGCGCGGGACUCCGCUUUCUGAGCCCAAGCCGGCACCUCGGACUCAGCUGGCGGCUCCGAGUCAAGCGGAGCGCGCGGAGGUUAAGCCGGGCCGGCCGGUUGGCCCCCCCAAGGGCCGCGCCCUGCGCAGGCUGCCGUCCUGCGGGGGCAGCAGCAGCAGCAGCAGCAGCCUCUUCGAUGAAUACUUCGACGAAAAGAACGUGAUCGAGACCAAAACCAUCGACGACAUCCCCGCCGAGAUGCGCUUCCGAAGUAGUGGGCGCCCGGCGCUUUCAUCUCCGGUCGCAAUGGCGCGGGCGGGAAGCCCCACAGAAGGCGCUGGUGAAGUCUCAGCCCUCUCCACGAGGCAAAACAUCCCCGAAGUGGAGGAGGAGGUGGAGGAGGAGAAAGAGGAAGAAGAUGAAGAAUGCGAGGUGGAGGCGGUUCGUCCUGCCUCCGUUAGCGGGUCGUCACGCCAGGACGCUGCGCGCGUCCGGCGCCCGUCGGUGUUCACCAUUGGGAGCCCCCAGCUCUCGGACUGCUGCGUGCCGGACUCGGUGGCAAGCGGCCGCGCCGCCGCCGGGCAACCUGGCCGGAAGGGCAAGAAGAAGGCGGCGGCAUUCCGCGAGGAGGGGGACAUCCCACGCAACGAGAGCUCGGACAGCGCACUGGGCGACAGCGACAGCGAGGAGGGCUGCCCGGAGCCGCGCCGGCUCCACACCUGCCCGGAGGAGGUGGAGCUCCCCAUGCCCAGAUCGGACUUGGUGGAGGUGGCCCCGUGCGGACGCGGCAUGAGCAACUAUGGGCGCUCGCUGGUCGGCGGCUACUGCCCGCGCUACGUGCCCGACCUCGUGCUGCACGGCAUCCCCGGGGACGAGGGCCUGCGGGACCGCAUCGCCGACGACCUGGCGCACACCGCACAGCACCCAGUGUUGGACGAGCCAAUAGCCGAGGCCGUUUGCAUCUUGGCCGACACGGAGCGCUGGUCGGUACAGCUCCUCUCCAGCUCGCAGCAGCCGCGGCGUGGUGGCGGCGGAGUGGGAUCGACCAACGAGGGGGGCCGCCCCCCCACGGAAGCGCUCGUGUCGAGCCUAGUCGCGCAGAUCCUGAGCUCCACGCUGCAGCUGUGGCGCUUGCACAUGCCGGCCGACUUCUGUGUAAUGCACUUGGAAGACCGGCUGCAGGAGCUGUACUCCAAGAGCAAGGUUCUGGCAGAGUAUCUGCGUGGGCAGACACGAGUCCACGUCAAGGAGCUGAGUGCUGUGCUGGGGAUUGAAGCGAACGAUCUGCCACUGCUUGCGGCCAUCGCCAGCACACACUCGCCGCAUGUAGCCCAAAUCCUGCUGUGAGCACCGCCGGUCUCCCAAGCCGCGUCUCGAGCCCCUAACAGGGCGCUGCCAUUCCCGUUCCAGAAUGGCCCCAGCGUGUUCUGCAUGCUGAGAAACCCAGCUGCAAGUUGAUGUGCGGCAGUUAUUUUCUCUGCGCCACCAGAACUUCCAGCGUCCUCCAACGGAUUGCUUGCUGACAUUCGAGGUUUUCGGAACGCCCCGGGGGGCUUUUCCCGUUCUCACAAAUGCACGAGGUGGACUCACAAGGACGUUCAUUGGAGCAGCCUCAAGAUCUAGUAGCAGGGUUUCAUUGACUGCCUUCAUUUUUAGCACAAAGAACGGGGCCUUGCGGAACAAUUGUUAUGAACAAAACAAGAUCUGUGUGCAAGAUUGCCGUGUGAUCUUGCAACUCAGAAGACCUCCGUGACUGUUCAGACUAACGCUGUGACUGUUCAAACAAACGCUACGCUUUCGGAUCUUCAGCAAGAAAGAUACCAUCCUUCGUUUGCACAAAUUUCAGCUGGCACGCUAUGACAAAUUCGGAAGUUGCUUUUGGGAGUGCCUAACGGUCUUGGCAGAUUUGUGUGGGCUUUU